CUGAGACGGGGAACGGGAGGGCGAGUGUUUCCUUUGGGUUCUUGCCUUUGGACCUCGGGAUUAGAGACUCUUAACGCCCUGAUUGAUGGGGUGAUGCGCAGAUUGAGGACCCCGCGGAGCCUUUUCCUCGUCUUCCGUCAGUCGCUCAGGCACGCCGCGGGCAGUUCUUGUGGGGUCCUCGAGGCAAACCAAGAUGGCGGCCCCCUUGGUGAAGGCCUUGCUCGGGUGCUCGGACCUCACGCUGAGCGUCCGGAGUGCUGUCCUGCGGUUCCCAGGGUUCACCCAGGUGCGGUGGAGCCGCUAUAGCUCAGAAUUCAGGGAUCCCCUGAUUGACAAGGAAUACUACCGCAAGCCCUUGGCAGAGCUGACGGAGGAGGAGAAGUUUGAGCGGGAGCUCAAGAAGACUCAGCCCAUCAAAGCUGCCCCGUCGGCGAACACAAGCUCCGUGUUUGAAGACCCAGUGAUCAGUAAAUUCAUCAACAUGAUGAUGAAAGGAGGAAACAAGGUCCUGGCAAGAUCCCUCAUGACACAGACUCUGGAGGCUGUGAAAAGGAAGCAGUUUGAGAAGUUCCAUGCUGCUUCUUCAGAGGAACAGGCAACCAUUGAACGCAACCCCUACACCAUCUUCCACCAGGCCCUGAAGAACUGCGAGCCUGUGAUCGGGCUGGCGCCCAUCCUCAAGGGUGGCCGCUUCUAUCAGGUCCCUGUGCCACUAAGCGACCGGCGCCGACGCUUCCUGGCCAUGAAGUGGAUGAUCACCGAGUGCCGGGAGAAGAAGCACCGGCGGACGCUGAUGCCAGAGAAGCUGUCGCAGGAGCUGCUGGAGGCUUUUCACAACCAGGGCCCUGUGGUCAAGAGGAAGCACGACAUGCACAAGAUGGCUGAGGCCAACCGUGCCCUGGCCCACUACCGCUGGUGGUAGGAGCGGUAGGGCUCCGGGAGCCGCCCAGGGCUCUCUGCUGCAAGAAACAAUGUGAGCUGCUGCUAUGUUGGAAAAUA